AGCCUCUUCAAAACGCGCAGUUCCCUCCCUCCCCUUCCACCCUCCGCCUCCACGUCCACCUCCACCACCUCGCUCGCGUCCGCACCAACCAGAACCAGUCCCUCUCUCGGAUUCCACUGUUCCCUUGCCCUCGCCUCCAUCCCUAAUCCCUUCCUCCUCCUCGCCCCGCCCCACCCGUGCCAUCCCUGCCCGCGAAUCCCAAGAAAGCUCCUUCCUUCCAGCCCAGCAUCUCACUGCAUCAGCGCAGCGCUGGAGCGGCCAAGGAAGGAAGGACCCAUCAGCCUUUGACCCGCCCGCCACUGUUCGCCCGUCUCACGGGGCGCCAUGGCAACGGCCGCCGAGGCCUUCGACCACGCGGCGCCGUCCAGGCCCCCGCUACCGGCCACCCGGCAGGAGGUCCAGGCCGCCGCCGCCAAGGCCGCCGAGCUGCGCGCGCUCCACGCCGCCCUCCGCCAGCGCGCCGCGCCCAAUGCCGGUGCCCGGGCCAGCACCAGCCGCAGCCCGGCCACCAUCCGCCUCCCGCCGGCCGCGUCCCCCGCGCGCUCCCGGACGGCGGCCGCGGACGAGGACUACCCCGUGUUUACUCCGACUUACGACGAGGAGCCCAUGGCGAUGGCGGCUGGACUGAACGACAUCUGCCAUGACAACCGGAGCCGGUCCGAAAACUGGGGCGGCAUCACCUUGGACCGCGGCGGCGACGAGGCGGCCUACUCGGACUACGACGACUGCAUCAAUGGCUUCUCCUCUUCCAACAGCGACUUCCACUACGCGGCCCCUUCAUCCAGCGAGAAUCACCUCCGGAGCAGAGGCGUCAACCGUAUCCACCCGGCCUUUCUGCAGUCCGCGCCGCUGGCCGGCCGUUUCCCGGCGUCGACAGGGAGGAAUGCAGAGUUCAAGGUGCCGUCGUCGUGCGGCGGCGCAUUCCGGCCGGCGACGAUCGGCAGGGACCACGGCGGGAGCGAGGCGGAAGCUCUGAGGUUCCUCAGCAGCAGCAGCCGAGUGCCAUUUUCGUCCAGCCACCAGCCCCCGGCGUCGGCGCACUCCAGGGCGAAGCAGAGAGGCUCGCAGAUCCUCUCCUGGCUCUUCGCCAAGGCCAAGAAGAAGCCGAAGCCGGAGACGCCGCCGCCGAGUUCCGCCGUCAUAGAGCGCGGGAACAUGUCGCAGCUCCUCAAGGAGUGGGGGCUGCUCUCGCUGGACUCGCUCAGGAAGGAGCUCGCGGAGGCCAACGCCCACCGGGACGCCGCGCAGGAAGACGCCGCCGAGAUGAGGUCGUCGCUGGGCGAGCUGACCACCAAGAUGAUGAGCCUGGAAGCCUACUGCUCGGAGCUCAAGAAGGCCCUGAGGCAAGCGACGGAUCACAACGGCGGCACGGACACGCAGUCCCACUCGCGGCGGUCGUCGUCGAGGUCGAUCGGGGCGAGCCGAGAGCUGCCCGGCGACGGCAUGCCGGUGAGCCACGAGGCCAUGGUGGAAGGCUUCCUGCAGAUCGCGUCCGAGGCCCGGCUCUCGGUGAAGCAGCUCUGCAAGGCGCUCAUCCAGCAGGUGGAGGAGCCCGACAACGGGCUGUCAGACAAGCUGAACCUGCUGCUCCAGCCGCACCAGCUCGCCAUCGCCGGCCGGCACUGCUCCAAGGCCGUGCUCUACCACCUGGAGGCGAUCAUGAACCAGACGCUGUACCAGGAAUUCGAGAACCCCAGCUUCCAGCGGAACGGCGCGGCGAGGCACCUGGACCCCGGGCAGGACCGGCGGGAGAGCUUCGCGUCCUUCGUGGCGCUGCGCAACCUGAGCUGGAGCGAGGUGCUGCGGAAGGGCACCAGGUACUACAGCGAGGACCUCAGCCGGUUCUGCGACCAGAAGAUGAGCUGCGUGGUGGCCGCGCUCAGCUGGUCGUGGCCGUGGCCGGAGCAGCUGCUGCAGUGCUUCUUCGUCGCCACCAAGUGCGUCUGGCUGCUCCACCUGCUAGCCUUCUCCUUCGCGCCGCCGCUGCCCAUCCUGCGGGUCGACGAUGGCCGGGCGUUCGACCAGGCGUACAUGGAGGACAUCCUACCGGACAGACGGCAGACUCAGGAUCUGCUUCCGCUGAGGGUGAAGAUCAUGGUGAUGCCGGGGUUCUAUGUCCAAGAUCGAGUGCUCAAGUGCAAGGUCCUCACAACUCACAGCUAGACCAGUAGCAUACCUGUCUAUCAUGUUCAUUUUAUGUCUACUGUCUGUCAUGUUCAUUUUGUGAGCUUUUUUAACUGAUGGCUAGCUAGUGUGGUGUGUGGGUAACUUAAUGUCAGUAUGUUGAUUCAUCCUAUGUUUGUCAGUAAAUUCAGAGUAGGCAAUUGAGCACCCGAGUACAAUGAAACGAGUAAUAUAUAUUCCUCCAUCGUUUAUGCCA